CAAAACUUUCUUUUUCCUAAAGAUGUAUGUGGAUAAAUAACAACUCCUACUUUUUUCAAUCACUUCUACUUUAAUUCCAAUAUAUCAAAUUUUGCCAAUUUUUUUUCAAUCAUUUCUUUUCCAUUGCUAUAAUCAUGACAAGUGUUGCUGCCAAAGUUGCAGUCAUUGGUAGUGGAAUUUCAGGAGCUGUUUGUGCAUCAACUUUGGCCAAGAAUGGAAUUUCAGUUACCCUUUUUGAGUCUGCUAGAGGUCCAGGUGGCCGCAUGUCUCAAAGAAGGGAAAAGGCAGAAGAUGGGAGGGAGCUGUAUUUUGAUCAUGGUGCUCCUUAUUUCACUGCUAGUAAUCCUGAUGUGCUGAGACUUAUUAGUGAAUGGCAAUCAAGAGGAGUUGUUGCUGAGUGGAAAGAAAAAUUUGCUACUUUUGAUUUUGCUUCUAAGCAAUUUCUUGAUAUUGAAGAGGAAAGUUCGGACAAGAAAUAUGUCGGUGUUCCAGGAAUGAAUUCAAUUUGUAAAUCAUUAUGCCAGGAGCCCGGAGUUCAAAGUAGGUUCGGGGUAGGCGUUGGGAGGUUGGAGUGGUUGGAAAAUGACGAUUCAUGGUCAUUGAUGGGUUUAGAUGGCGAAAGUCUUGGUUAUUUUAAGGGUGUCGUGACAUCGGACAAGAGUACAUUUUCACCCAAGUUCACUAAUGUAACAGGAAAACCUAUGCCUAUUGACAUGGGCAAAUUUCCGGAAAUACCGUUGAAGAUGACAGAAAUUCCUGUUAGUCCGCGCUUUGCUCUCAUGCUGGCGUUUGAAGAGCCUUUGUCUAAGAUACCAAUAAGAGGCUUCUCGAUCAAGAAUUCAGAAGUUCUACGUUGGGCACACUGUGACAGCAGCAAACCAGGGCGCUCACAUAAUAGUGAAUGCUGGGUGUUGCACUCAACUGCGGAGUAUGCUCGGGAUGUUAUUGCCAAGACAGGACUUCAGAAGCCUUCGAGUGCAACAUUAACAAAAGUAGCUGAAGAACUAUUUCAAGAAUUUCAAAGCACAAAGCUCAAUAUACCUCAGGCUUUUUUUAAGAAAGCUCAUCGAUGGGGCAGUGCAUUCCCAGCUACAAGCAUAGCAGGAGAUGAGAAAUGCCUUUGGGACGCGAAGAAAAGGCUAGCAAUAUGCGGAGACUUUUGUGUUAGUCCAAAUGUCGAAGGGGCUAUCGUUAGUGGCUUGGCUGCCGCUGCUAAAUGUUCUGAAGUGUUUUCGCGCUUAUAGAGUGACAUCUUCUGUGUAUAUGCUUGACUGAGAAUGUAUAACUGCAAUGAAGACCAGAAGUAAUCAGAGCGGAUCGAGGAUUUUGAGUUUAUGGGUUCCUACAGCGACGUCAAGUUAAUUACAAUAAUAAGUGAGUUCGUAGUCAAAUAUUUAUAGAUAUUUAGUGAAUUUCUUAAUACAUAUACAGUCUGGACAAAGGCUAUUUGGUUCACGUAAACCGGCCACAUGUUAUCUUACUAAAUUGUAGCAGUAGAGUCACAUUGACCUAACAAUCUUUCACUUCCUGUCUUCAUCUGCUGGUCUUACCAGUUUUGGCCAAUAAUUAUUUAUGAAAACUCAUUUUCCAUA